CCCCCGCGGAAGAAACAAGUCAAGCCUUCAGCUUGAAUUUGUUUCUGGUGCCUGUGUAGUACAAAAUGAUCAAAGCGUCCAGCUCCAGCACAGUACUAUGUUUGAAAUUGUACUAUCAUUCAGCAGGAUAACAACGUGUGCGUUUUUACGCGACGUCAACAAUUUAGUCUGUUUUCAAAAAAAUCAUUCUUUCAAGACCGCCUUGCGCUUUGAUCUAGUUUAUUGAGCUCUUCCAGCUUAAUAUUUACUCACAGCUUUACUACUCACAUUCGCGACUCCAUUGCAGCUUUACAUCGUGCGGAUAAUUCGACAAGCACUGAUAAUUGUUGUGGAUCGCAGGGAGGAGCAAGAACCGCAACAAUUAUCAGUUUGAACAAACGACCUCAGAAGUCGUGUGAAAGAGCAAGUUAUUUUUGCAGAAACUCUACUCGCCGCGGUCACCGAAACGAGGACGCACACGACGAAGACUUCUGAAGAAGCAGAGCCAUCUUUUCAUUUACUUACUUCUAACCUGAAUCUGGAGCAUUCCUUAUAUCAAUCCCUAAUUGUUUUGCUUGCCAAACUAGUCUUGUGCCCUAAUUGUUUUGUGCCCAAACGGAAAUAGCACGCGAAGCCCGCGCGUCCACAUGCACAUUGAUCUACUUAUAUUAUCGAUCAUCAUUCUAAAUAACAGCUUCGACAGAUACACAAGUUGUCACAACAUAGUAGGUCUUGACUUUCUAUUUUUUUGUUAAGUCAAAGUCAAGAAAGUAUAUUACUUCCCCAUUUGUGUGCAAUACCGAUACUGAAGGAAUAAAAUAAGUAUUUAGCCUGCUGAUAGCCAUUGUCGUUCGAUCGACGCAAUCAUGGCGCCUGAUCUCGUUUCGUCGUCUCGUAUUCCUCGCGCUCCUGUACGACCAGGAGGAGGACACGCAAGAGCUCCGCUUUGCUUCUCGGUUGGGCUUGCCCUUCUAUUUGCCGUACGCAUGCAGCUCUUGUUCGAUGCAGGAGCUUCCCCGCUGGUCCACCUCGCAAUGGGGCUCCAGGGUGGAGGACGAAAAGCAAAAAGAACAAACCCGAAGGAGGGGGCGAAGGCAAGCCAAUCCAUGAAGUUAGGAGCGGUGGUUGACAUGGAAAGUGUGAAGAUGGCCGCGCACUGCUGGCGGCUUGCAGCUGAGGUACAGCUGACCUGUCACGACCUGGGUACUUCGUUCGACGCGAAUGUGAAACGCGAGGCCGAGUCGGACAAUGUCCAGAAUCUUUCGAAAGCAAUGUCGAUUAAGGAAAAGGUGGCGCGCGCAAAAAAAGCAGCGAAGGUCGUAAUGCGGCGCAUGGAGCCCGUCGCGAGUAUGGAAUUGCUUGGGAAAAUGCAGAAGGCUAUUGAUAAUGCUACGGAACAACUAGGCGAGACGGGGGCCAAAGCGAAAGCCAAACUGCGCGAGCAGUUUCCCGCCAGGGUGUGGGACUGGUGGCUGAGCCAAACUGGCGACAGGCUAUGGGGCAAACUUUUGCUCUUGCGGGCGGGCGUGCGUUGUCUCGGCGCGAGAAAGCAGCUGCGGCAGUCGACCUACCAAGGCAGAGACGUUUCAUGCGAGGACUGGCUGUACGGACCAAGGGCGGCCGCACGACGAAGAACUAGCCGCGAUGACGCUGCGAAACUGAAAGCCCAAAUCGAUCACGAUUAUGCAGUUGGCCAGUUCACGGACGACGGGCUGGUGGAAUUGGUGACCACUGCCUACAUAUCAAGUGCAAAAAUGUCUGGGUCUGGAAACUUGUGAUGCUGGGUGGCGUCUCAUGAUGAGGCUACAAAUGCUGGCUCAGCAUGACAAGUUUCUGAGUUCCUAGGUGUUGCCUAUUCUGCAUGACAAUCUGCGCUUCUGCAUCACAGGAAAGCGGAGCUCUUCUUGGGUAACGUGCAUGACAGAUUUAAGAAUCACGCCAGACACGCAUGACAAAUAUGAAUUCUUCCAGACCCAGACACUUUUACAGUUGAUACUACGAAGCCAGCAAAGAGUUCGAUCAAGAGUACAAGCACAAAGUGUUAUCGAAUCGGCACCUGUUCAAGAACUUGGAUGCGGCACCUGGAGCUGCAGGAGGUAGCGUCCCUCCAGCUCAAGCUUGUGGCGCGACACAGCAGGGGGCGGGCGCGACCGCAUGGGGUGCUUUCAGCCCCACUGAAGAGGACGAGGAAACAAGUGACGGAGGUUCAAGCUGCAGCUGCACUGCGUCAUCCGACGAACAAGGAGGGCGGCCGUCUGACUCCGGCGCCGGUCCGCGUGGUGGGGGAGGGCAUCGUGGAGAACGGCGCGGCCGCAGAGCUAGAAAAGCGAAGCAACAUAGAGAGAGAUUGCUCGAAAAAGCGAAGGCCCUCGCCGCGGAAGCAAACGAGCGGGAUCUGGAGGCGCUCCUGGAUCAGUUGUCUAAGAAAGCGGAUAAGGAGUACGGUGAGGCAUUGGAUCAGGCCCUGCAGCGGCCGGAGUUGGUCCCUGCGUCGGUUACAGCAACACCGCAACGCCCUGGGGAAGCAAGAGGCGCCGCACAAAUGGCCACCGCAGGCUCUGACGCAUGUCUGAGCCAUGAUAUCAAGAGUCCUUCUGUUGCUAUCGCUGCGGUCUCACGUAAGAUACAACAGAUUCGAAUGUCGCAGACAAAGCGGAGUAGCAAAGGAGCCGGCACCCCCAUGGGGAGUUCGUCCAAGGACCAGCGACAGCUUAGCGGGCUUCUGCUGGACGUGUUCAUUGCCUCGCUCGGAACGCUGUGCAGAGACGUAUUUGAUGGCCUGCCGUAUUUCCGUGCGCUCCGGAUGUUCAUGAUAAAAGCAUAUUUUUCUGGACAGUUUUCACUCAGCGAUCACAAAAAUUUGCUGAAUGUACUCUGCCCCGGGCCCCAGUUUGAGCGUCUCAAGAUCGGGUACGUGAGUUCGUACGAAAAAGAAGUCCAGUGGAAGAUCGAAAUCGACGGCCGUGUCUUUGUCACGUCAAUACUGGAAAUGGAGAAGCGUUAUGAAAAUCAUUUCGACACCUCGAAGGGUUUGGGAUUUAUCCAGCAGCUCCCGAAAAAUGGGCCGUUCGGGGCAUUUAUUACUGAAGACACGCGGGCCAGGCUUCAAAGAGAGGCCGAGCAGGCAGACAACUUUCUGCAGGAACACACGGACCAACUGUCGGCGCUGCUUCUUGCCACAGAAUAUGCCAGACGCACCCGAGGAACGAUGUACCUGUGGGGUAUAGAGGCCGCCAAAAAGCUGAAAACGCAUUUAUACGUUUCCGAGGUUGAGUCUUGCCCCACUAACUUUGUUCUCGAGCAAUUCCGCGAACUGGGGCUUGUUUUUUCUGACUGUGCGGAAUACCAGGAGCUGCGAAAUCGAUGGGCGCACCUUCUGGACGCUAUCAUUGAAAACUGGCAGCAAGAGCUGAGUAAGGUUCACGCGCUCGCUCCUGUGCGGCAAGAUCGGCUCCCUCUACCAAGGCAAGCUCGUGAGCGGGCCGGGAUUUUGAAGGAGCUAGAUCGACUCGUAGCGGAAGACUAUGGGAAGGGGAUGCCUUUCUCUGCACGUAUAGACCACCUUCGCAAAAAAGUCAUCGGGGAGGGCGGCGAAAUGAACUUUGGCCAUUUCUUCGACGGAGAGGGAGAGCAAGUUGCGCUCACUGAGACAACCAAGAGGGACUUGGUAUGGCUGAAAAAACGGUGGAAGCGUUGGCUGUCCGAGAAGGAGAACACAAAGCUGACAGGGGAGUUCGCGACACAAGGAACAUUCGACAAGGUAGUGAGACAGAUACAGGCGGACAUCAUAUUCGCCGGAGAACCCCAGGAGGGACGCGAGCCUCCAGAGCUCGCGCAGCUCGGGAACGACCAAAAAGCCUGGACGGCUCGACGCUCCAGCUUCGAACAAGUUGUUCUGAACCGACUUGCCAAGGAAUUUUCGGAUGAGUGACGCUGUUCUAUCUCGCAUUCGGAGAUGAAAAGUCACACAGUGAAGUUUUCGAUUUCUGUGGCCCCCGUUGAGCGAGUUAUCAUCAACUACGUUCAACAUUUCUUGGGGUAAAUUUUCAUUUUGUGGUCCUCUCUACUACGGCCAACUCUAAAUUUUCUGAAUUAUAGUACUUAUUUGGGCCACGUGGUAACUUUGGCCACGUGCCAAGGUAUCCGGCGAAACGUUGGGCGCGGCUGAUGUUGUCAGCCACCGUGCCGAACGCCAAGACGAAAAAAGGGCAAGGAGCAACAAAGACCUGGAUAGCAUAAAUCGCCGCGGAUCUCAAUCGAAAGCGAGCAACAGCAAAGGACUGUCUUGGUCGAAGUCUAUGGCGAGACAUCACCACAGGCACAGCAACAGGAUCAGCGAAUACAACAAGCAGCAGCAAUACAUCCUCAGCGCUCUCCGUCCAAGCAAACAACAACAGCGAAAGACUACCAAUCCAAGCAAUCGCGAGACUUAGAGGACGGAAGAGGAUAAUCUAAGGGGACUGCCUCGAAUAGAUUUGCAUCAUUUGUGAUAUACUGUCUGACUUUGUGUUGUUGUUGCUAAAUGCUGAAACGGCUUCUGGAAAUGCUAAACGUUUUACGCAUUUUUUCCGGAAAGAAAGGUUGAUUUUUGUUACCUGAAAGCAAGACUAUAACUUUGGAAGCAAGUACAACGGCAAAACCGAGGCACAUUAUAUCUGUUUUGAUGGGACGACUAUCUAUCAGUUGCACUCCAAUUGAUUUUUUGGCAAGCCGCGCACAGUUUUGGCAAUGUCAGGCAAACAGAAACGCGCAACUCCAGCCCCGCCCUACCAUAGGCGGGGCACUGCAACGAAAAUGAAAGUGUAUGCCAGACAGAAGUUAUGUAAGAAC